AGAAGUGACUCAUUCGUGACCACAGUCAUGGCUGUGCACACUGGCGUCCAGGUGUGGUUCGGGGAGAAGUUCGAUGCCCCGUUGUUGAGCCCCAGGAGCCCUAAGGAGGCCCUCGCAGGCCCGCUGGCCCAGCGGCACGGCCUCGGGCUCACCGACGUCUUUCAGUAUGACCAGUGGCUGGCAGUGCGGCAUGAAGCCACCUUGGUGCCCAUGCAGGAGGAUCUGGCCAUCUGGCUCAGCGGCAUGCUGGGCGAGGAGGUGAGAGCCGAGUUCUUCAUGGAGGAGCUGAACAACGGCGUGAAGCUGUGCCAGCUAAUCGGCGUGCUGCAGACAAAGAUCGCCCAAAGCUGCCCCUCGGCGGCGUGCAAGCUUUUCUCCACGAGGAAGAUAGCAUGCAAGCGGGACGCCUCUCCGGGUUCCUUCUUUGCUCGCGACAACACCGCCAACUUCCUGGCCUGAUGCCGCCACGUCGGCGUGGAAGAGACGUACCUGUUUGAGUCGGAGGGCCUCGUGCUGCACAAGGAGCCUCGGCAAGUUUGCCUCUGCCUCCUACAGAUCGGCCGCAUCGUCUCCAGAUACGGCGUGGAGCCCCCCGUGCUGGUGAAGCUGGAGAAGGAGAUCGAGCUGGAGGAGACCCUGCUGAUGACUGAGGAGCCGCCUCCGGCCGUCAAGACCUUCAGCGUGUGCUGCCAGCACGGCGGCCUCUACCAGCCCGGGGAGCACGCCGUGGACGACCUGCCCUGCAACUGUGCCAACAGGGUGUCCAUUGAGUACCUGUCUGAGGGACGCUACAGACUGGGAGACAAGACCCUCUUUAUUCGGAUGCUUCAUGGGAAACAUGUGAUGGUGCGCGUCGGCGGCGGCUGGGACACACUGCGGGGCUUCCUGACGAAGUACGACCCUCUGCGAGUGCUGCAGUUCACCACUCUGGAGCAGAAGAUCCUGGCCUUUCAGAAAGGCCCCCCGGGCCUGGGAGGUCACCACUGCAACGCCGCUCCAACCCCUCCUCCCGAGAUGGACCCCCUCGCCGCUGUCAAUGACCUCAUCUCUUCCUCGUCCUCCUCUUCCUCUUCCACCUCUUCGUCGUCUUCCUCCUCCCGCUCGGCCUGUAAGCCGGCACCUGCGACCGCCGCAGGUCAGAUGUGUCGCUCGAACGCCGCCUCCCCGGCCUGCACGCCCACAAUGCCCAGAAAGGGCGCUGCCUCGGUGCCCAGGAGGAACCUGCAGGGGACCUCUUCCUCCCCCAGGAAGCCCACCCAGCUGCCCCUGCCCACCCCCACCUCCACCACCACCAAAGCUUGCUCCUCUCUGCCAUCCACGCCUGUGGGAGGCUCGAAACAGCCUCCCGUCCCGGGGAGUCAGGGUGUGCAGGUCCGUCGCCCCCGAGCCCUCACUCCAUCCUCGGCUCAAUCAUCGCCUGCACCCGCAGGUCCGAGCCCCGCCUCCAAACCAAAGCUGAGGCCGCCACGCCGCGGUGCUGCCACGCAUCCCAGGAGCCCCGUCUGUCCUGAGCCGUCUUCCAAAUGCCCCAAACCCUCCAGCCCCUGCACUUCCCCGACCGCCACUACUGUGCCCCGCCCCACAGCCGCAGUAGCUCGGGGCCCCGCCCCUAAAGAUGGCAGGCCCCCGUCAGGUGCCAACCAGCGCUCACGCCUGCUUGCUCAGCGCCGUUCGGGCUCACCGGCUUCGCGCCUCCGUCUAGAGGCCGCCAGGCGGGUGCGGACGGCCACCAGAGGUGCAGCGACGCCAACUCCCCGGGACCCCCGGCCCCCAGUUCCCGCGCCGCCUUCACCAGAGCCACCAAAGCCUCCCUGCUCUUUGCCAAAGAACAAAGAGGUCACAGCCAAAGCCAAGGGGCCCGUCACGUACAAGGUAGCCGCUGCCGCUCCACGCGGUGCCGCCCUCCCCCCGCGCAGCGCGGCUGCCCCUCCACGCGCCGCCGCCGCUUUCCCCGAGCGAAUCCCAGGGGGCAACACGGGCCCUUCUCCCAACAUUAAAGCCAAUACGAAAACGCCAGCCACAGCGCAUCGAGUGGGGCGAAAGCCAGCAGCCCCCAUGGAGGGGAAGUCCACUCCAAAACCGGAGGCAACUCCAGGAGUCGGUGUGGCCCCGAAAAAAAACUGCUCCAACGUCAGAGCCGUCCAGACGGAGCCCAGCGUCUGCAAGAAGGUUCAACAACACAAGAGCAAAGGCGAAGACCCUUAUUUUGAAAUGAACAGCCGGAGAAGGCAGAGGACGUGACUGCCUCUGCCUUCUGAACUCUAGUCGUCACUAAUCCCAAAAAGAUUCUCUUCUGUGACCAUUGUUUUUGUAUUCGGAUUUGAUGUCAGUUUUUUGUCUUUGUCUUUUCCUUGUGAUCUUUCUUUUCGAGGGUCAUGCCUUGUAUGUCUUGUCUCUGCGGUGGUUGAAUGGUCGCUUAACCUGCUCAACACUAAAACUUGCACAACAUUUACAUACACGUGAAGCCGUUACAAAUCAUUUGUCAUCUGACUUUCGCAGAACAUAAACUUUGAUUGAAAAAGCAGUCGAACAGUAACCGCAAAUCUUUUGGGUUUUAGAUCUAUACAUCAGGAAGGUUAGGGAAAUGCACUUAGCUGAACAUUCGCGGGUAAAUCUGUAAUCAUCGCACAGCAGCCCGCGAGUCGUGUUUUCUACAACAGGUUACCAAAGUUGACAUUUGUGGAGCUCAGUGACAAAACUGGAACACAAUUAAUGGUUUCUGGUGAUUCUUCUGCUCCCCAGUGAGAACAUUUUCCACUGGUGGAUUGUCAGACGCAACAUAUGUGUGUUUGUAGAUGUGAUGUCUAGGAGGGAGAGUCUUCUGGAUGGCGUUGGACAAGGCGUCAUCGGGAACAGAACUUCCUGUGGUGUGCCUUCAUCAGAAAUGUUUUGUUUCUGAGCGGUAUUAGAAUGUAUUAGAUGGGGCGGGGGGGUUAAAGGGUUUUAUUGAUGAAAAUUGCACAGUAUGUACGAGCACUCAUGACUUUGGUUUCCCAGAGAAAAGCCUAACUCGCAGAUUAACUACUGAACACUUUUAUUUUAAGCAGAAAACCCUUCAGAAAUGAUCUGAUAGAAUUGUUUUUAUAUGAUUUCUAAUAUUUGUGUGUAAAACUCUAGUUUUCUAUGUGGUGUUGUGUAUACAUAUAGAUAUAUAUAUCAUCAGUGAGGCUUUUCUGUUUGGCACUUUAUAGGAACCGUCAUGUUUUUCGGCAUUUUAAUGUUUGUUCUGUUGAUUUGUGUCUCUUGUUCCGGCUACCUUUUUGUCAUUUUGAUUAAUAAAUGGACAAAUGUUUUAAAGACCAUCCAAAGUAUUUCACAUUCGCUUUAACAUGUUAUGUUUCAAGUGUUUGAGGAUUGUUUCCUCUAAAGCCUUAAAACGUUCUUAGCCUGAAUACCCAACAGACUGUGGAACGAAAUGAACAACGUAGAAAGAAACUAACAUUGUUUGAGGCCAAUUACGCUUCCUGUAAGCGCAACUAAUUACUGUGGAAUAUUUAAGUCACAAAGCGCCUCCUAAUACCAUGUUAAAAGAAACCUUUGUGAGAAUUACUGCAGUACCUUUAAACGACUGGAAUUAUUUAAAUCAUGCGGGAAAAGAGGCUGUCGAAGAAGCUUCUCACUUCCAGUAUCCCCAAAGUGACGCUGACCUGCAACUCCUCUUAGACAGAAAGGUUCCUUCAAUCAGAGACUAAUGUUCGCAGGACGCAGAUACAAUGUGGGCCCUGAACUGAAGAGAAACCACACAGGUGAUUCAAAUCCAGGUUGAUUGGACCCCACGACGUGUGCUAACUUAAGUGAAUAAAUAAAUUUAAUUUUAUAAAGGC